CGCAUGCGUCAAACUGAAUAAAUGGCGGGGACGGCGACAACAGUUGAAGUGCGAUAGUGCUUGCCAGCGAUUAGCGUUUAAGUUUGAAAAUGGUUGAAGGUCCUGGGUGUACAUUAAACGGCGAGAAGAUACGUUUGAGGAUCCAGAAAGGACAACGAGUGAAAGAGAUGCGGGGCAGUAUGUUCACAACGAAGGGAGUUGAGCAGGAAAGAAACAACGCCAUCCAAAGGCUGAAAGGCUGUCAAUACACCGGUGUCGAUACCCUGGGGAAAGAGCUAUUCUUGUAUUUUGGCCCUAACGCGUUGAGAGUACACUUUGGCAUGAACGGCUCUAUGCGAAUCAACACCCCAGAGAGGAAACAUGGCGGUGGCAGAGGCUCCGUCCCUGUGCUUGAAAUCCACCUGGCCAACGACAUUGUACGCUUCUUCGACAGCACAGUGGAAUUGAGGUUGAGUGACGACUGUAAUCAGCGUGUGCGAGGCCUUCAGUCCCUGGAUGUUUGUUCUCCGGCAUUCAUCCCCUCACGCUCAGCUGAGGCAGCAAGAUGCCAUCGUGGCAGGAUGCUCUGUGACGUCCUUCUCGACCAGGCCGUCAUGCCGGGGGUGGGCAACAUCAUUAAAAACGAAGCUCUUUUCGACGCGGGCCUACACCCGGCUGUGAAGGUGGAGCAGCUGUCAGACGAGCAGCUUCACCAUUUGGUAAAGAUGACGCGCGAUUUCAGUCUUCUCUUUUACAAGUGUCGCAAGUCUGGAACUGCGCUAUGCACACACUACAAAGUCUACAAGCGUUCCUGGUGCGGCCGCUGCUCCGGCACUGUCACUGUCUGUCGUCUUGGUGACAACGCGAGGAUGACGUACUUCUGUGACCGCUGUCAAGGGCGUAACACCGGCAGCAUCCACAUCAGGAACACCCUGAUUGCCUGGGCAAGCAGUGGGGGAGCAGCCAAUGAGAAUGUGGCAAAGAGGGAGGAAGAGGACUGGGCGUGUCACCUAUGCACCCUCCUCAACCAGUCUGCUGCCAAAAGCUGUGACGCCUGCCUCACGCCCAGAGCUCCGGUCCACAAAGAGGGCACCUCUGCGCCCUCCUCCACAGAUCUGGUGCGGUAUCCCUGCACUGCCUUCACAAAACCCCAAGAGGAGCGCAAACUGAACUGGCGCUCUGCUUUCGGGACAUCCACCUUGCUUUUCUCCGACUUGAGCAAGGCGCCUGAGCUGUCUCGUGGGAGAACGCCGGCCUCAUCCAGUCAGCCAUGCAAGAAAAUGAGAAUUGAUGCUGGUCCCUCUAACAAGAUGGGUGCACACACAACUGCAGAGAUGGAACGUGGCCAAUCCAGCCCAUCCAUCCCCCCCUUGUGUGCGUCCCAUGGUCGCCUAGCUCUCCUGCGAGUGGUCCACAAGGACGGUGAGAAUAAAGGACGGCUGUUUUACACCUGUUCACUGCCCCGGGAGGGAAAGUGCAACUUCUUUGAGUGGGCUGACUUACAUUUUCCCUCCUGUCACCAUGAAAAACGGUGCGUGAUGAGGACUGUGCUCAAGCUGGGCCCCAACAACGGCCGCAAUUUCUACACUUGCGGCUUCCGAAAGGGUAAACAGUGCAAUUAUUUCCAGUGGGUGGAGGGUGGACCUGGCGUUUCUAUCCUGCCAGGCUCUUAGUGUCAAUUUAGUACCAAAAUUAGGUUUGAAUGACAAAAACCCCACAUUGACUUUAAAAAUGGAAUCUAUGGAUAAUACUGCAUUUAACUUAUUCCUGUCAAUCAUGGGUGUGCAUUGUGGAUAUUUCAUCUCUCUAUUAUGAGUUAUAAAGAUUUUAUGUAUAAAUAUAUAUUAAAGACACUAAAACAAAGCCAUACCUGAGUUAUUAUUUUAAUGCUGUCAAUAUCUUUCCAAAAUCUUUGAUUAAAAAAAAAAAUUUAAAAACAGUCUACUGACUUGAGAAGUGGUGCGUUGGACUCCCCGUUUGACACCAUGUAGUGAAACUGCAAAAAUCCAUCCACCUUGUUACAAGCUGCACCUUUUUAAACAGAGCAAAAGCAAAUGAUUGGUUUUGAUGUCCCGGACAUUGUCUCUCAGAUAAGUAAUAAUCAUGUUUGGCAUCCAUGUGUGUAUGUGAAUCCAAAAACUCACCAUAAUGGCCUGUCGAGUUAGCACAUAUGAUCGCCCCAAAAAAGUCAGCGUAAUGCCUCUUAAUCCUGGAAAUGGCCAUCUUGCAGGCUGCCGAGGGAUCCAUCCCGGUCCUCAUCAGCUCAACCGCCAAGUAACUGUCGGCAGUGUGGCAUUGGAUCGUGUCAGGCCAACUAACGAGGGCUUGUCAAGGCUACUAACCGUGCUGUCGCAGUAAGCUCGGGGUGCAUUGCUGUCCCUCAAGGCGGAAUCUGCGCUAACACUCUACAUAGGACAAAUUAAUGGAAUGACUCCUAGGUUAAUGUUUUGUAAUUUCGAGGGUAAAACUGUAUUUUUGAGCAAAGCAAUUCCCGUUACGUAAAGUUAUUUCUACAAGAACAGAAUCCUUUUAAGAUAGACAGUGGUAAAUUAAGAAAAAACUGUUGUAAUCUUUUGACAGUAAUCAUAGUUUUCAGUCAAGUCAUAACGAGUUUUUUUCCCAUUUUGGGAACAAAAAUUAUAUAUAAGAAAAAUAUAAAUAUAUAUAUUUCGUCCUGCAAAAAUAGUUCAGUCAAUCUUAUGGGAAUUAAGUUAUUUUCUUUUAGACAAAAGGUUGAAAUCGUUUGAUAAUGAAACUGUAUUUUUGAGGAAAAAAAAUUGUACAUUAAUACCAUUAUUUCUCUCCCCCCAAAAUUUGCAGUACUAAAAAACUAAAAAGGGCAAAUUUGCAUUCUGAAUAUUUUUGGGAUAGUUAUUAUCGUACAGCAAUGAUUGACAGCUUGCAAAAUUGUUGCCAUUUCCUUUAAAAUAAAAACAAAACAUAAUCUUAAGAGAGAAAAAUAGAUUUUGAGAGAAAAAGCCUGAAUCAUAGGAGAACAAAUGGAGCUUGAACUAAACGUACACACGUGACAGUUUUGGCCAAUGCAGUCUUUUUUUCUCUCAGCCCCCUGAAUACUCUUACUGUUAUACAAUCAACCUAAAAACACAGGGAAGCUACCUGGGCAGAAAGCGCAUCAUGAGGUCCCCGUUUCCAGUUGCAGCGGCGGCUCCUGCCAAGCUGUCAGCGUACGCUCCUGCCCCGACUAUAGGAGAGUCCCCUACUCGACUGUGUAUCGGGAUACAAAAUGUCUGAGUAUACCGUUUGAACAUUCACAUUUGCUACUGCAGUUAGAAUAGUUAACAUACCCUGGAACUUUAUGAGUGAGCCCAUUGGUGGACGUCCCCGCAGCCACAUGGCCAUAUUUAUCAAAUGCGAUCAUACCUGGCAAAUAAUAAAUAGAUCAAUCAAAUGGAAUUAAAGCUGCAAUCAUUUGGGUACAUUCCGGAGUAAGAGUUUACCAAAGUGCAAGCCCUGGAUUUCGCCCAAAAUAGCUGACUUCAUGUUGAGUGUGUAACUGCUGUACAGAGUUCUAUUUUUCGAACUUCAAACUGGGCACCCCUAAGUGAAUUAUGGGGAAACAUAUGUGGGACUCCUAAAAUACUAACAUUUUUCACCACGAUACAGACGCUUGAAAAGCAUGGGUAAAUUCACUAGAAGAUUUUUUACAAACCCUGGAAUUUGCCCAAAAUGCCUGCUUCAAACGAAAAUGGCUGCUCCUGUUACAUUUUGUGCCUGGGUUUAUGAGAUACAGUAAUAUGUAUCGAUAGCCCAUUCCACCCACAUUUACAGUUAAUAUGCUUUCCUUUGGGGCCCUACUGAGCGAAUUUUGGAUAGUUACGUUUGGGACCCUGAACAAAGAAAUGUUAAAAAACAAAAAAAGAAGAAAGGAGCAGUGAGUAGGAAUCAGUGACGUCCGGUGGUUAAGCUUGAUCUUGCCACUGUGUAAUAUGGAAGCAAGGUGUGCAUUUUAGGUCCUCAGAACAAUCUGGAAAUAUCAUACUUCAUGUCAUGCAAAUCCCUAAGAAACCCACCUAUGGUGUCGUGGGAGCGAAUAUCAGCAGGAAGUUGCUUUUUCUGUUCCAGCUUCACUUGCGGCUUGUAGGGAGGACAUGAUUUGGA